AUGAAAUCAAUAUCAUUAGCAAAUAGCUCCAUUAGAGAUGCUGAAAUAAAUGUAAUUGAAGGAAAAUUUCAAUACAUAUUUGAUUAUCCAUGCAAAUCAAAUUCAGUAUGCACAGAUUAUGUUCUAUCUUUAGCACCUGGAGUAUAUAAAUUUGAAUUAUAUGGAGCAUCGGGUGGUUCUGCAAGGAAUGUUGUUUCAACAUAUAGAUUCGAAAAUAACACAUGCAUUUCCGAUGCAGUUGUUCGCAGAUAUAAUGGUAAUACUGCCUGCUUACAAAUGUCUAGUAUAGGAGGUGCAGGCGGCUAUAUCUCCGGUAAAAUCCGUAUUCCCCGAGAAACUGUCACUUUUUUGACUGUGGGAGGGAAAGGAAUCUAUUCCCAUACACUUAUUGAAAUGAGUACUGCUCGAUGUUUCUCAAGAAAAUAUAUGAUUCCAGGAGAAUAUGGUGGCGGAGGGGGUGCCUCUAAUUUCUGUGAUGUUGAAGGUUCUGAGGCCUGCGGGACAGGAAGUGGAGGUGGUCAAACCGCCGUCAAAUUUUCGGAAAAUGAUUUGUGGCAUAGAGUAAUGGUAAGUGGAGGAGGUGGUGGUACCGACAAUAUAUUCGGCACCUUUGGAGGUAAUGAAGAUGGCUCUGGAGGCGCUGGAGGAAAUUUGGUAGCACAAAGUUGGUUUGCAGGUGGAGUUUUGCAGAAACAAUAUUUUGCGGAUUCAACAAAAGGUUUUACCUUUGGUACAGGGGAAGGAGCCAGAUAUGGAACGCCAAAAAAUAAUAAAGCUGUUCCAAAUGGCAAUAAUGUCGAUAACGGAGGUGCUGGGGCGGUUGGUUUGGUGGCUUUGCUUCUCAACAGGGAGAUGCUGGUGCAGGUGGUGGAAGCUCAUGGGCUUUAA